AUGUUCUCAAAACUGAGCCCGAGUUUUGCCCGCAAAGGACACCAACAACUCACAUGCAGUGAUGCGGACGAGAAAGAUCGAGUCAUUGCUGGAGUACAAUACAGCGUACGGUACAUUGGAUCCGCAGAAGUUGCGGGAGCAAGCGGGACUGGCAGUGGAAAGACAGAAAAACCCGUAGCCACAGUCUUUGAAGAGCAGAGGAAAAAUGGCAACGGUAAGACGCAGAAGAAAAUGAUCCUAAACUUGUGUUCGAAAAGGUUGAGCGUCUGCGAGGAAGCGAGCGGAAAACUGAUCGCAAAUUUCCCGAUCUCUAAGGUAACCUUCUGUAACAUCGACAACUUUCACGAGAAAGCUUUUGUGUUCAUUGCACGAGACAGAGCAGAAAGUCCAUUUAAGGCAUUUGUCUUCACGUGCGAAAGCAAAGCCAAGGCACGAGAACUUUUCAAGGCCCUUUCUCUGGCUUUCAUGAUCAAUUACGAAAGUUAUCAAGCGUCACUGGCACGAGGUUUGCCAAGCAACACAAUGCUUGUACGCAACGAUGAGGGCAAAAGCACGUUCUUGGAUGGAAUAGGCGGUGAGUGUUUGGACGGAGCGCAACCCGCGAAAGCGAAAGCGGAACAUUUGAAUGGCGCAUUAACUUCGCGGACAGAAUCUCCCCUGCUCAAUGUAAAUGGAUUUCGAUCGGUCCAAGAGACAAUUCCGAAGACAAUGGCACCCAAACAGAAUAAGAACCUUCUACGUGUUGCAGAUUGCCGCUUGCGGAGCACGUCGGAUCCCCCGCACGGUUUUAAAGCGAAUGCGUCAAUCGUAUCUGACUCAGAAACUCGUCCGUCUUCGCUGCAUCCCUCGAAGAUGAAAAAGGGUGAUGAAAUGGAAGAAGAGUUUACAGAAUUUGCUGAACUGAGGUCGAAGUGUCGCUCAAACUCUGCGCUCGUAGCCCCGUCAAGCAGACAUCCCGGAAAUAUGUUUCAUGGCUUCCAAAGUUGUGACAGUGCUCCGAAUGUGUGGGGCAGUUUCCAAAACUACUCUCGCCCGACGAUUUAUUGA